AUGAAAUCAUCGGAGCACUUGAUCUCUCAUAACGAAGCUAAAUUAUCGUCCAUAACUUCGCCAGUGACGGGAAUAUCAAAUUUUUCAUUAAAUUCACCUGUUGAUGGAUCAUAUAUAAUUGAUGAUUUUAUUACGAAACAAGAAGAAAUUGAACUUAUUAAUUCUAUUGAUUUGCAUGAAUGGUCUGGGAAUGGAAUACCACCAAAUCCAGAAAUGAGGCGGAGAACACAACAAUAUGGAUAUGAAUUCAGUUAUAGAUAUAGGAAAGUAGUUCAGAAUUUGGGCGCAUUACCAACAUUUUUGGAUUUUAUAAUCGCAAGGUUCGUUGAACAGAAAAUCAUUCAACUCUCCGAAAUGGAAUAUCCUAAUAUGUGUAUAGUAAAUGAAUAUCAAGUUGGUCAAGGAAUUAUGGCACAUGUGGAUUCAACGGAAUUUUUUGGUCCUAUUAUAUUAAGUCUCUCAUUGCUCUCACCAUGUUUAAUGACAUUUACACAUACACAAGACUCCUCCAAUCAAUCAAUCGUAUUAUUAAGCAAAUCUUUAUUGAUCAUGACAAAAUCAAGUAGAUUUGACUAUAAACAUUCCAUAUCCAAGGAUGCCAUAGAAUAUUAUAAUGGCGAUGAGAUUAUAAGAGAUCGUAGGGUAAGUUUAACUUUUAGGACCAUCAUGACAUCUAAAGAGGAAGAAAAAGGCGUGGGAACUGAUUGUUGCUAA